AUAAGCUGCAGAGUUUGGACGCAAUUUAAUAAUUGGAACAACUUUAAAGAUUGUGGCAAGUGCUGGAGAGGCUUAUUAUCAAUUCUUUUAUGAAGCGGAACUGUUCUUAAAUUUGACACUAGUGGGUUUUUUGAGCUCAUUAAGAUGCAACAAAAACGGCGCAGAAACAGCAACAACAACAACAACUUAGUUUACGUGACAAUUUUGUUUUGCUGUAUUGUGGGAACGAUAGCGACGCCACUGAGUAUAUUGAAGGACAUAAGUGACACAUCAAGUGGAGAAUUAUCGGCGGAAUUUCUCUCCAAUAAUGGCCCACUGGCUGAGGAGCAGGAUUAUAAUUGGGAUGUGCUGAUUUUCACACAACAGUGGCCGGUGACGACUUGUUACCAUUGGCGUGAGCAGGAUCCUAAUUUCGAGUGCAGGCUGCCACAGAAAAAGGAGUUCUGGACGAUACAUGGCAUCUGGCCCACGAAAUUGGGACAUGUGGGGCCCAACACCUGCAAUAGAUCGGCCAUAUUUGACAAGGAUCAACUGAAACCUAUAGAGAAUCGUCUGGAAACCUAUUGGCCGGACUUGGAUGGCGAAGACAACAAAGUAGACAAGUUGUGGAGUCACGAGUGGUUGAAGCACGGCACUUGUGCGGCAUCGCUCGAUACACUGGACGAUGAACUGAAGUAUUUUGGACAGGGACUCAUCUGGCGCGAGGACUAUGUUAUGUCACGCAUAUUGGAUGCGUCAGGCAUACAUCCGGAUUCCAAUAAUACGGUCACGGUACUGAAUGAGGCCAUUGUAAAGGCGUUGGGCAAGAAUCCCUCCAUCCACUGUCUGUACGGCAAGCACGGCAUCAGCUAUCUGUCCGAGAUUCGCAUCUGCUUCAACAAAUCUCUGGAGCUCAUCGACUGUGAUGGCGUUAAGCUCGGCGAUGCCAAAUACAUUAGCUAUCCGGGUGGCACGGUCAUCACCAAUUGCCACAUCAGCAUACCCGUCCACUACCCCAGCCUUGUGCCGCCCGAGAAACGCGAGGAGGAAUGGAAAUUUCCGCUCGUGAAUUUCUAUAAACUGCUGCAGUUCCUCAUGUGGUUCACAUUGUAGGAAGCGGAUGGCCAGCAGUGGUUUCAGUUUAUUUUUAUAGCGUAGUCUAGACCGAAAUGUAUUUUUGUUUUCUAUUUUGGGGAGCGCUCUAUAAGUAGACAUUUCUAAAACUGGCGGGUCUUGGCUGCACAGCUGAAAAGUAUUAUUAAGAUAUUUGAUUUAUUUUCAACCCAUAUUGUUUAAUUAAAACAAACAUGAUAAACUG